AUGCUUUCCCUCACCAGCACAUCCAACGAAGGCGAGUUCAUCGCCGAGUUCCCGCCCAUCCUGGGCUAUGAGACCGUCGGCAGUCGCGGCAGACCGCUCGAGGCUGUGCAAGCACUGCUCCUACACUACUACUGCCCGCACGGCGAGGCCCUGCUGUGUGAGAAGGCAAAUAGCAUCUCCCAGCUCGGGGGACGCCAUCGAUUCCUGUAG